AUGGCUAAACAGUUAGAUGAAUGGAACAGACAAAUAGAAGAACUCAAAAACUCAUUUAAAAUUUACAAAUUCGAAAGUUUUAGUAAUCUUCAAAAAAUUGUAGAUGGUGGGUUUGGAACUGUUCGUAAAGCUAAAUGGGUUGAUUGCGGAUUAGAUGUUGCCUUAAAGAGACUUAAAGUCGCAGACCCGGAUGAAAAGAUGGUUAAAUCAUUCAUUAAAGAGGUAUGCUUAGUUAUUCUUAGUUUUAUGGUGAAAUUAGAUUAUAAUUCCGAUAUUAUUAUAAUUAAUGAAUUAUAUAUCAACAAUAGUUUAAAGUUAAUCAAAAACAAAAUCAGCGAAGUCAGCGCUGCUAGUGCAAACAAUGAGCUCGUCUUACCUGACAACAGUAUAUUGGAUAGUGGAGCAUUUAAUAGCAAAGGAGAUGAAGUAAUGAUAAAUGAUAAUGCGAACGGCAAUGUGACUUCCGAAGAGAAUAGUGAGGUGAAUAAAAAAAUGGUGAAUGAUAAAGUGGAUAAUAAAGUGGAUAAUGAGAUGGUGAAUAACGCGAUUAAUGAGACGACGGUGAAUAACAACGCGAUUAAUGAAGAAGGUAGCAAAAUAAUAAACCAAAGCCACUUUUCGUUGAUUUCAAAGUGGAUUGAUGGAGACUAUUCUGAAGGAGACCAUUCUGAAGAAGAUAAUUCAACUAUUUCACAUCAGUAUCAAUUUAAAUUACUUAUCAGAGGAAGUAAUGAUGGAUUCAAAGCAUCAGAAAA